UGGCCCAAGCCAGAGGUUCCGUUUGCAGGGCCCUACGGCUCCAGGGACUAGAAAGGGCACACUUGUUCUCUGGGAACUCCAUACCUUCUUGAGUCUUUAUGCCCUCCUGACGCGGGGCCCCGAACCGCGCAUUCCGUUGAUUUCCGCGUCAUGCGACUGAACUUUUUGCUCCUGGCCCUUGUACAGGCGAAGCCGCAGGCCAGCUGGGAGGUGGCUGCCAAUGGCCACGCUCGGCAUGGCAGAUUCAUCUCCACGCAAGCGCUGGCGGAAGACGCGCCGGUCGUCAAGCCCAACGAGACCGCUGGCAGGCUCAAGGUGAAGGGCAAGCACUGGGUCCAGCCCUCGCAGGCGUUUCAUGAAGCCGCACACUCGGGACAUUCUGUAGCUCCCAGUGCUUUGCCAGACAUCUCCGGCGAGACGCUAGGCAACCGGACUGGGAGAGGUGCUUCCGCCGGCCAGGAGUCGGCCACACCAUAUCUCCAGGGGUACUGCAGCUCCUCAGGGGCCAAAGUGGUGACGUUUGGCGACGCCGGGCUGGAGGGCGAAGGAACGACCACAACCCGCCCCCCCGGAGCGAGCGAGAACGCCAUGAAGAAUGCGCUCUCCACCAACGUUUGUCCGUAUCGCUACUAUGUCUUUGAGGUGCUGGAAACCGUGGGCGGCGGCACCUCCUGGGAGAUCGCGGAGCUUCGCCUGUACUUCAACGACAAGAAGUUUGGAAGGAGGACCUUUCCAGCCUCGGAGAUCCGGGCCCAGCUAGUCAGCGGCUCCGGAGACCGUCAGGAGGCCUGUGAUGCCUCGCGAGAGGCGCCUAAGGCCUUCGACCACUCCUUGGACUCUUCGGUCUGCGCGUCGGGCAGCGUGAAAAUGCUCCUGGACCUGGGCAAGCCCAUUGUGCUCACGGUCUACACGGUGAUCAGUGCUCAAGGCGAGUCCCGGCAGCUGGACCCCAAGAGCUGGAAGCUCUGGGGCUCCAGCGACGGCUCCAUCGCCCCGGAGACCACGAUGCUGCUGAGCAGCCCCGCGGAGGUCUCCAUUCCCUCAGGUUCCUGGCUGUGCGAUCCACCCUGGAUCACGGAAGGGAGCACCAAUCCCGAUGAGUGCAUCACCACCACGACGACCACCACCACCCUGGCCACCACCACAACGACUACCACCACGACAACUACAACCGCCUACGAAUUCUGCGCGUAUCGGUACUACUGCCUGGAAGUGCAUGAGACCAACUCUGGUGAAAGCAGCUGGUCACUGGCAGAGAUCGAGUUCCGCCACGAGAACGUGAAGGUGGUGCCCACGAAGCCCUUCAGCAGGAAGAGCGCCUGGUUCCUGGACGGCCGCUCUUUGGAGGUGGCAUCGGUCAAGUCCAGCGGCACAGAGGCAUUCCAAGCACUGGACGGGAGCGUGGCCACCUACGCGCAGACCGACGGCAGCUACUCUGACCCCGAGCGGGGCAUCGAGAGUGGAAGGCUGGAGGAGACCGGCCUCGCGGCCAAGCUCUGCAUCGAUUUCAGGGAUACCUUCAAAGCCAACCACUUUGUGAUGCUGUCCACCCCGAGGGCCGGCAGCCCUCCAAAGUCUUGGACGGUCUGGGCGUCUCACAGCCUGGACGCUGAGCCCAGCAGGUGGACCAUGGUGAACAACCGCAGCUCCCCGGAGCCCAUCUUCCCGCAGGGCUACGGCAGGGAGUUCCUGCACGAAGAGCGGCUGAGUUGCCCGCAGCCACAGGUCAUGCCUUGCGAAGCGAUGGAGUGCCCGCUGAACCACUUGCCGAGUGCAGACAACUGCGCGGGCUACGUCUGCGAAGAGUCCGACGAGGCAAAAUGCUGUAUCAAGAAGGCCACAUGCGAAGGCUUCACCUGCCCUGCAGAGACGCAUACCUUGGUCAAGGAACCCCAGACCAUGCACUGUGCGGAGGCGUCCUGCGCGGCUGAGGAUGAGAAGACCUGCUGCGUUCGGCGACAGCGAUGCUCCGAGGUGGACUGUGGUGUGCGCCCCGAUGGCGUGGAGAAGGCGUCCAAGGUCUGCAAAUACGCCACCUGUGAGGAAGAAGACAACUGCUGUGCCAAGCCCAGCUGCAGCGCCACGCAUCCCGCGUGCCCUGAGGGCUUCGUCUUCAAGGCGAGCCACGCCACGCGCAUGUGCGAGUCGGGGGACUGUCCCCACGAGGAGUGCUGCGACCCGAGAGAGCCCUGCUCCAAGCUCGGGUGCCCGGAGGCGACACAUGCCGACAGGCUGGACAAGAACGACCGGUAUUGUCUGGGUACAACGUGCGAUGCGAAAGUAGACAUCGCGGAGUGCUGCGGAAAGAGGGCCGUUUGCCAGAACAUGACGUGCCCAGCAGCCACGCACGUGAGGAAGCCGCUCGCCGUGGAUAGCCUUUGCAAAGGCGUGAACUGCGAGCUGGACGUGGAUGGGUCCACGUGCUGCUGGGUGAAGGUGCCGCGGCAGUGCCCUGUUGGGCUGGAGGAGGGCCAUUGCAAUCCCAAGAAACAUCGGGGCAGCUGCUACAACAAGCCAGAUGAGCAGAGCGACAGGAGGCGAAGCGGGCGACGACGAGACAGGACAGUUCAGUGCAUAGGGCCGAACCACUACGACGGAUAUUCCUGCCCAGGCAACGUGGACAGCAAGUGCAACUUUUGGUGAGCGAAGUGCCCUUGCUGCACUUGCUGCCGCCCCUUGAUUGCUAUCACCCUUGGUAUGGCAUGUCACCGUUGUAAGCAGUAGCUAGCAUAGUUAGACUGGGC